CACUUCCUGGUGGUCCCUGUUCGUUUCCUGACUCGGUGAACCUGACAGCCGCUGUCGUCCAGGACCAGAGACCGUUGAGGGUUGCAGUCAUGUCGGCAGCUGCCCCUGGGACCAGCAAGGCGGCCCACAGCGAUGUGGCCGCGAAGAAAAAGAAAGGACCCGGUGCCCUGGCCACGGCCUACUUGGUCAUCUACAACGUUGUUAUGACAGCGGGGUGGCUGGUGAUAGCUGUGGGUCUGGUCAGAGCUUACCUGGCCAGAGGAAGCUACCACGGGCUGUACUACUCCAUAGAGAAGCCUCUGAAGUUCUUUCAAACUGGAGCUAUUCUGGAGAUACUGCACUGUGCUAUAGGAAUUGUACCGUCCUCUGUGGUCCUGACCGGGUUUCAGGUCAUGUCCCGGGUCUUCCUCACCUGGGCUGUCACACACAGCGUCAGGGAGGUGCAGAGUGAGGACAGCGUGCUGCUGUUUGUCACGGCUUGGACUGUCACAGAGAUCAUCCGCUACUCUUUUUACACUUUCAGUCUGCUCAAUCACCUGCCAUACCUCAUCAAAUGGGCAAGGUACACCUUCUUCAUCGUGCUGUAUCCCAUGGGAGUGACUGGGGAACUGCUGACUAUCUAUGCAGCGCUGCCGUACGUGCAGAAGACAGGCCUGUACUCUGUCACUCUCCCCAACAAAUACAACUUCUCUUUUGAUUACUACACCUUCCUCAUCCUCGUCAUGAUCUCCUACAUUCCCCUCUUCCCCCAGCUUUACUUCCACAUGAUACGACAGAGGAAGAAGGUGCUGGGCCACGCAGAGGACUACAGCAAAGUGGAGUGAGCCUGACAGUAUUCAGACACGUCCGAUCAAGGGAAGAGAAACCAAAACAAUCAACCGAAGAGGAAUCCCAAUCUGCUUAAAGAAAUGCAAAGCCCAGCCAGUUUUCAAACUGCCACGACUGACCUGGCAGAAGAUCAAAUUAUUGAGCAACUUUAGUUUUUCCAGCUGUUGUCCUGGUUGUGUAGGUGCUCACAAACCAUCAAAAAAUGGUAUUAUUUUUUUUUCUUGUUGUUGUUUUUAUUUAUGAACCAGCCUGCAGUUACUUUUGUUUAGUCAGAGAGCUUGCAGCCAUAUAGAAACUGUGUUUUGACGUGGAUACAGUUGAGCUGCUGUCUGCGCAUCGAGCAGAACUCGGUCACAGCAAAGUAUUGAACUGAAUUGCAAUGCAAUUAUAGAAUCGACAGCCUCCUUUUAAAUGUCACUACAGAAAAUCCCCCGUAGAUCUGUCGCCUCCUCACGGCUCGGCCCUUUGCUCUCUUUUUAAGAAGCAGCGCAUCCUUAAUGCGACGUAGAACCGAUAAUGUGAAGACUAGCACUGAAACUAGGUUGUCUUUAAGUUUUGCGUCUACAGUGUUUAUGUUGGUACAAGCUGUGGUCCAGAUUUGUAUUUCUGUUGGUUUUCAUUCAUUCUUUUCAGUUAAAAGUUUGAUUACAUUCCUAAUUCAGUUCAAUAAACCCUUUUCAUUCUG